AUCAUUAUCAUUUUUUAUCAUACUACUAGCAGCGCGUAUAUAAAAAAAUAUAUGAUACUUGUUUUUUCUAUGGUGAAGAGAUUUACAAUUUAGAAAUUGACAACCAAAUGGCCAUUGAGGACUUGAAAGCUCUUCUAGAAGUAGAGUCGGGUAUUCCUCCAAGUGCACAACGUCUUUUCUAUAACGGAAAUGAAUUAAAUGAGUUAAAAAAGACACUGGAAGAAUAUCAAGUCGGACAAAAUGAGAUUAUACACAUGAUGCAACAACCACAACAGGGAUCUUCGAGUCAUCCUGAUUUUGACAUGAUGCGACAACAUGUCUUGAGGGAUUCACGUCUUCUUCAACAAUUAGAAAGUACAAAUCCAGAAUUAGCAUAUGCUGCACAACAUGAUCCUGUAAAGUUUUCGACAAUGGUUCAACAAAUUGAACAAACUAGGCGAGCUGCUGAAAUGCAAAAAGCAAGACUUGUAAAGAUAAAAUUACAAAUCUAUUCUUUUUUAUUUAUUUAUUUAUAUGUUUGUUUGAUAGGCGGCAUUAAACAACGAUCCAUUCGAUAUUGAAGCGCAGAAAUGUAUUGAAGACGCUAUUAGACAAGAGAAUAUUGCUGCUAAUUUAGAAGCAGCCAUGGAAUAUAAUCCUGAAUCAUUUGCGAGGGUUACUCGAUUAUAUAUCAAUGUUGAAAUCAAUAAUAAAAAAUUAGUUGCA